UUUCGAGGUUUCCCCAAUUCAGGAGAUGCUACUAGAAUUUCUUCUCAUUCACCUUUACUUUGGAACGAGUCCUUCAUUUUAAAGUCGUUUGGGGGUCAAAUAGCCAAGAAGGACAAUGUUCGUGAUAUCCGAGAGCGUGCGCCAGAAAAUGCUGGUGAUAGUUGGGAAGCUGAUAAGGACGAAAGAUGUGGAAUUAGCUGAUCCAGUUGAAGCAAAAACGGCAACGCAAUUGAAGAAAGUACUGACGACAUUAGACCUGACAUCUCUAGGCGUUGGUAGUUGUGUCGGCACAGGAAUGUACUUAGUCGCUGGAAUGGUAGCGCACAAAGUAGCUGGCCCAGCCGUGGUCAUGUCAUUCAUAGUAGCUGCAGUAGCUUCAUUGUUCUCAGGCGUUUGUUAUGCAGAAUUCGGUGUCCGAGUACCUCAUACUACAGGGUCUGCCUACAUGUACAGUUAUGUCACAGUUGGUGAAUUUAUAGCUUUUGUGAUUGGGUGGAACAUGGUUUUAGAAUAUCUUAUAGGCACGGCUGCCGGCGCUUGCGCCAUCAGUGCUUGCGUUGACGCUAUGUCUGGAGGUUCGAUUAGCUUUGCAAUAAAAAAUGGUGUUGGUACUUUGGUUGGACACACUCCAGACUUUCUGGCUGCGUUAAUAACAUUCUUCAUGACCUUGUUGAUGGUGGCAGGGGUUAAGAAAUCUCUACUUUUCACCAAUAUUCUAAAUGCCGUCAAUUUAUCUGUAUGGGUAUUCAUCAUGGCCGCUGGCUUGUUUUACGUGGACACAUCAAACUGGAGUGAGCAUGGUGGAUUUAUGCCUUUCGGAUGGUCUGGGGUUUUGUCUGGCGCAGCUGUAUGUUUUUAUGCUUUCAUUGGUUUCGACAUUAUUGCAACAACUGGAGAGGAGGCGAAAAAUCCCAAAUGGUCUAUUCCCAUGGCUGUAAUCAUUAGCUUGGUUAUUGUCCUAACUGCCUACAUUACUUCUAGUAUGAUGCUCACGCUCAUAAUUCCAUAUGAAAAAAUAGACGCCGAAUCAGCUCUAGUAGAAAUGUUCGCCCAAAAAGGUGCUUACAGCUCUAAGUAUAUUGUUGCAAUCGGUGCACUCGCAGGUUUAACUGUCAGCAUGUUUGGUUCCAUGUUCCCUAUGCCGAGAAUUGUAUAUGCAAUGGCAAAAGAUGGACUCAUUUUUAGAACACUGGCAGUGGUAUGGCCUUUCACCGGAACUCCAGCCAAAGCAACAUGCAUUCUGGGACUCAUGACAGCUUUUGUAUCACUGAUAAUGAGUCUCGAUGUUCUUGUGGAAAUGAUGUCAAUUGGCACACUAAUGGCAUAUACUCUUGUAUCAACCUGCGUCCUUUUGCUGCGUUACCAACCACCUAGAACUACUCUAGUACAACUACUACCUGAGUCUAUUCGCUCAGCAUGUCCCACUCCUUCUAAAGAGCAUCCUGCACCCGUUUUUCCAGCAACUACAACAACCACCAUUCAUACGAAACGAACAAACCGAUACGAUUCUUCAGAUAGCGAUGAAAGUCCAAGAGGUGAUCUGGACUUCGGGGAUCAUCAACGACCCGAUUUAAUCAGGGACGCAGCUCAGAGAGACGAUGAUCUAUUGAUGCAUGGUACAGACACAAGUUAUGGUGCAGUUCCUCCGCCUCCCUCUUCUUCUCAAGCCCCACCUCUAGCAGCAGUAUUUAGCUUACCACAAAGGAUUAUGAUGAGACUUUUACGUUUCUUGCCCUACCAUUGGGUGAAUCCAGGCGAGGCAUCAGCAGCGACAGGUAUCUUUGUCAUGAAGAUGGUGGGUGUGCUCUAUCUGCUUAUCAUCAUCAUGGAUUUGAUCGUAGUGUGUGCGAUGCCCGCUCUAGAAAACAGAAGCGGUGCAGCGAUCUUCUUCCUGCUCGUCUUCCUAUUCGGUAUCAUUUUCUGCCUCAUCAUCAUUUCACUCCAACCACAAACUAGAUGCGAUCUCAAGUUCAAAGCUCCCUGUGUUCCAUUUAUUCCUGGCAUAGCUAUAACUGUUAACAUCUACCUUAUCUUCAAAUUAUCUGUCCUUACUUUGGUGAGGUUUCUUAUUUGGAUGACUUUAGGAAUGUUCAUGUACUUCUACUAUGGCAUCAAAAACAGCUCUCUGGAAAUCCACACGGAUAAGCCUUUGGAAUUACAAAUACCCGAAGAACGAAUGCAAAAUCUCGCUGCACCAGAUAACAGCCAACAACAACAGUAUAUGUUACAACAGCAACAGCAGCAGCAUCAAACGUAUGAUUACCAAGAAGAAUCUUAUGACGUACCCACUACAACCACUGGUAACGGCUACUUCAACCCUAUUCCUGAUCCAUUAGAAGAAGAUCCGUGGUCGAAAUUCGACUAGAUCCUUUUUUAAAUUUAAUUAUGUAUAUUAGUGGGGUACUUGUUUUCCGUGGUGGGGCCUGUCUGGAUUUUUUGCUUAAAAUGAAGAAAAUCUGGACAUAGCCCCAGCCCUUUGAAGAAAGAAAUCAAUUAUACUGAUAUACAUCGAUAAGACUUCAGAAACAAUUUUUGUGACAUGAUGUCAGGGGCUUUGACACGUAACAUGCAUGUAUAGAUAUCUAUAUUUGUACAGACUGCGAGGAAGGAAACAAAGCGGGCCCCGCUGUCAUAGAGUCAAUUUUCUUUUCUAAAUCAAAUUUGUUGUGCCUGUUUACUAUACUUGUGUGUCUAAAUUAUGUUGACUUUCUUUGUACUUCAGCAAUAAUGCUAUCUAAAGAUUCAUUGAAAAUGUCUUAGAUAGUUAGUGAUAGAAGAUGAAAGCAAUUUUGGUGGUAACUUUCUUAACAUUUAUGAUAUUCGUAGGUCAUAGAAUUAAAAUUACGAAAUUCAUAGUUUAUUGAAAAUGUAAAAUUUAUUGAGUUAUAUUUUGUCGUCAUAACUUUUGUUAAUCGUUAAGAAAGCUAUUAACAUCACAGAUGAUGCUGAUUUAUUAAUUUUUAAGUACAUUCAAAUGUACAUUCCAAAAAUACAAUACCUUGGGUGAAUAAAACAAAAUCAAUUGAAAAGUGUCAUUGACCGCAAAUAAGUCAUUAGGAUAUUGAAAUAUUCACUUUGCUUCAAAUAUAUUUUGUGCUUUGGUCUAUAUACUAUUGGGAUUUACUUGAUUCAGAAAAAAAAACAAUUUUAUUUAAUAAAGUUCAUAAAUUUAAACUGUUUACUAAUAAAUAUCACCAUACUUCAAAAAUAGUUGAAGACCUAAAGGGUAAAAAGUAACCCACAUUUUUGUAGUUAAGUUCCUGUAACAUCUAAUCUAUUUCUCAACAGAAAUUUAUGCUACUUGAGCAAAAUGAUAAUGAAUAUAAUUGUUUACAGUUGGGGAAUGAAACUUUAAUAAGACAUGGCUUAUUACUUUUUAACUCCGAUGUCUUCGAUUGUUUGGUGAUUAUUUAGCAAGAAACCGCCAAUGCACAAAAUAUUUGUAUGCUUUAUUCAGUAAAGUGAAUCUUUGUGAUAUUUAUGACUGCCAUUGGAAAACUCUCCAAAGCCUUCUUU